UUCUCAAAAUGGUAUAUUUUGUGAUAAUUAGGGAAACAUAAAUCAAUUUUAGAAACCCAUAAAAAAAUAUUAAAUGUACCGUUUAAGAUCGACUGCCGGAACGAUAAGUUAUCAUCUAAAAAAUUCGUUGUUAUUUUGCGACUAUGGCUGAGAAACAAUCUGUUUUGUUGUUUAGCAGAAAUUCUGCUGGAGAAAUUGAUGAUUCAGAACUCGUUGAUAAUUAUGAUAGACAAUAUGAAAAAGUGAAAAAAAAAGCAAAAGCUAAGCUUCCACCUAUAGAUUCAGAAUUAUCUGAUUUAAGUUUAAAUGAAAAGGAAUGUAUAGAAAAACCCAAAAAAAACAAAUCCAAAAAGAAACAUGAUUCCAAAAAACAAUACAAUAAUUUCAACAGGCAUUUUGAGGAAAAUGAUACUACACUUCCACCACCACCACCUCCUCCUGGGUUUUUCAAGAAUUUACCAACUACUGAAAGAGAAGCAUUAACAUCAAUGUUAAUGUCAUACUACAUGAGUGGAUUUCACACUGGGUAUUAUCUUGGAAUAAAAAAAAAUAACAACGAAGAUUAAUUAAUAAGCUAAUAUUUUGUUAUUAUUAUAAGUUUUUUUUUCUUUAUUUUUUUCUAUUAAUGGUUAUUAUAUUAAAAUGUAUGUGUCAUAUAA